AUGGCAGUUGCUAUCCAUGAGUUUGUGAACAAGGACAUCGGCGAGCACACUUUCCACCAAGGAGAGGCCUGGCCCAACGAGGACAAGAAGGAUGUGGUUUUCUACGCAUUCCCCUGCCAGGUGAAGGGCACAGAGCCGAUUUUUGACUACUGGAACGACAAGGACAAGGAGCACACCUUCCACUUCGGCGAGCCCUGGCCCAAUGAGAAGAAGGGAGAGCACCCGGUCUUCUUCGCCUACCCCUUGGGGGAUGACAAGGGUGGGCUGCUCCAGUCGGUGCACAGCUACUGGAACGACAAGGAGAAGAAGCACAGCUUCCACAUGGGAGAUGCGCGCACCAACGAGGACAAGCACGAGCCCCAGUUCCUGGCGUUUCCGACUGCUUUGACCUGGAAUCCCGAUGUGGCGUGCGAGGGCGCCCCGGCGGUGAACCGCGCCAAGUGGUUCAUGGAGAACAAGGGCCUCAGCGAGGGAGACGCCCGGGCCAACGUCAUGGGCGAGUUCCCGGCCGCAUUCAAGGGCGGGAAGUGGAACCCCGACGUGGUCUGCGAUGGGGCGCCUGCCCAGAACCGCGCCAAGUGGCUGAUGGAGAACAAGGGCCUCAGCGAGGCCGACGCCCGCGCCAGCGUCAUGGCCGAGUUCCCCGCGGCAUUCGGCGGCGCACCCGGCCCCGCCAAAGCCGGCGGAUACUCCGGCGCCGGGCACUUUGUGGCCGGCAGGUUCCCUCACUCACUGGAGCUGGUGAAGGAUGACAAGGGCAAGAGCCGGCUGAAGUUCUCAGUGACACCCAUCAAUCCGCAGGAGGUGACCAUGGUUGCGGUGCACUACAGCGUCAACAAGGAGCCUGGGCACGAGGACAUGAACUUCGACAUCAACAAGACUGUGGAGGGCACCAACACCUACGUGCACGUGACCCCUGACUUCGGGCCCGUCUGCGAGGCCGGCGCAAAGGUCACCUACUGGCUGGGAGUCAUGGAGAAGGGCCUCAUUGCCGAGAUGCCGGAGAAGGCGUGCCCCCACAAGGAGAAUCGCCUCACUUGGAUUGCCAAGUAG